UCCUAGGGUAAUACUGUGAGCAUUUGACUGGUCCUCUGCUCAUCCGGCUCCCCCCCGACGCGACGCACCCGCCAUCCGGCGAACUACAGCGCGCCGGCGGGCGGCGGACGGGCGGGGGGCGCGCAUCAGGAGCGCGUGUGGGGAGGGGCCAGCGUCGCUCCUCUAAUCGAUGCUGUCCACCCAGGACACAAGCCCCAAGGUACAGCGGCGAUGACCGUUGAGCGAUGCAGGAUCUGGUGGCCGCGCCAGGAGCUGCGGCUCGAGCAGGGGCCCGGUUCGGCAAGGCUCGUCCUGUUCGGAUGGUUAUUCAGCAGCGCCGGCUCUCUCGACAUCGUCGUCUCCGCGGCUGUCCCCCAGGAUCAGAUCCUGCGUUAUUUUGCCACACCCGACGCCCUGCAGACCAUCGUUCUUUCCUCAAAUAAAAAGAUGCCAGUGAGCCUGCAAGAAUCGGCUACAUUUACCAUUCUUGGGGAUUGUGGUCGACAUCUCCCUGGAGAGUUAGAAGAAUACUGCUGUACUGAACAACUGCCCUUGGACACCCAAUUUGUUCAGAGACAACAUUUUGGCACAAGCAGAAACAAUGUUACGAUUGGAUCAGUUGGGAAUGGGGAUCAGCAUCCAAGUUACGAUCAUAGAAGAUGGGGAUGUGAUUGUUGUGUGUUAGAUGGUUUUCUGGAUGCUUUCAGAAAGUCUGCAGUCAAAGAGGGUAGCUGGGUGCACUUCUUUUGCAAGUCUGGAAAGAGCUUUAAGAGCAACCUAAAUCAAGUUCCAGUUUUUUGCCAUUUGUAUUCUGAUGGCCAACAGGUUGACAUCAAUCAUUGCCACGUCAUAUUAUAUGAGGUUCCAACCUUUGGCAGAAACCAUUUUUCACUGGGAGUGGAUGCACCUCGUAAGUUAAAGGCUUCUUUCAAAAAGCCAAAUUGGAUAAAUGAUCUCCAAAAGCAACCAUCAUUUCUUGAUUUGGAUUCAAUUAUUUUGGCGCUCAAUUGUUCAAAUGCAGCUAGACUGCCAGUUACUCAGGAAUGCUCAACCAGCAGCUCUGGGGCUUAUUUCGCCUUUGCAUCUGUAUAUGAUGUCUUAGUUCAAGUGACAUGGCACUGCAUGGGAAUAUUUUUGGCUUCAGCAUCAACUAUCCUCUACAUUAUGAUUCUAAUGUUCCGAAAAUGUUUAAGCCAUAUGUUCCAGUACUUGAUGUUACACAAGGUUUUCAAACAUUCGUGGAAUAACAUUCAUCUUCGCAGUUGUCAAAUUCUUCACUGGCCAAUUAUUAUCAAAAAUACUAAGCUUCACUCUCGUUAUCCUUGGUUCAGCUCCACUGUGAACGUUGAAUAUGCACACAAAGCUGCAAUUCGGAAGCAUGCUUUGUGGUCAAGUAUCGCUGUGGAUCUCCUGAUGGGUUUUGUCCUUGGAGCAGCAUUUUUAUUACAUACAGAGACUAUUUGUAGUUGUACUAUUGAUCUUGUUCACCACAUGACAGACGCAAUCUUGCGAUCUGGUUGUGUGUGGCUGAUGGGUGUUCCAGCUGGCUUUAAGCUGAAUACAGAGUUAGCAGAGCUUUUAGGCAUGAUUUCUCUGAAUGCAGUUCAAAUUUACUCUACCCUUUGGUUCUUCGUGGGAGGCUACCUGAGGCAUAUAAUUCGAGGCAUUGCACUUUCUGGAAUUAUUUUAGGUCUGACAGCUCCAGUUUCAUUCUUUAUUGACAUUAUCCAGCUUGCUACGUUGCAUGUUACCAUGCUUCACUGGUUAAUAUCAUCAAUAUAUUCAAGACAGAUUCAGACGGUUGCAUCCUUGUGGCGUCUUUUCAGAGGGCGCAAAUGGAAUCCUCUUAGGCAGAGGUUAGAUAGCUAUGACUACACAGUUGAACAGCAUGUGGUUGGUUCCUUGCUAUUUACACCAGUCCUACUUCUUAUACCUACAACUUCUGUAUUCUAUGUAUUCUUCUCUAUCUUGACAACAACGGUUAUCUGGGUGUGCGUGAUGCUGGAAAUUGUAAUCGCUGUAAUCCAGUCUACUCCAUAUGCUGAGUUAACUCUAUGGGUGACAAGGAGGCAAAGAUUUCCUGCUGGAGUAUUUUUCCUUCAUGUGCCAUCAUCAAGCGGACGUACUUUUGAAGAUGAUGACCUAUCAGCCCAUCCAGUCAGAGGUUUCAAUGAAAGGAAAACAAAGGAUACUGUUGAUGAACAAUCCGAAUCAUUAGUUUCAGAACUUGAUUGCAACUAUGCCACUCUUGUUCAAGUAAUCGGAUCAAAUUAUGAGAGGGUUUUCAACAGGACUGGUUUCUCCUUCUGCAAACAAUUGGCAUAUGGGAUCCUUAGUGGUGAAAGGGUGCCUUCAUCACUGCAUCUGCAGCCGUCUCCUUCAUUUCCUUGGAUGAACAUUGGUAUUACAGAAUACUGGAUGCAUUGCCGUGAUUCUGUCCUUUCUUGUGCACCUAAGAGGUGAUGGAAUGAAGAGUUUUGCACUAAUUGCCUGACCCAGUGACAGAUUCCCGUUUUUAUUGCCUAACUCAGCAGCAUGAUUUAGAUCCUGUACCUAGAUCUGUAGAAAUACAUGGCCAAGUUUUGGUGUCCCAUCUUUUAUGCAACACUUGCAUAGCAAAAAUGUAUAACGUUUUACAGCAAGGCACUGAUUUUUUAUCUUUAUAUGAAGCUUAGGUUGUCAUUUUCUACAA